GCCGAGUUACCGAAGGGGAGAGGCGGCGUCGGGAUAAAGCCGGCGGGGGAUGCUGGCGGCGCGACUCGCUCACCGGUUCCCGUCAGAGUCGCUCGGGAGGCCUGAACCGCAGCCGCGCUGAGGGAGCGGCGCCUGGGCGGUGGCAAGAGGCAGCACUUCCACCGGCGCGAUAGUGUUCUGGACGUCACUUGUCUGUACUGUGUUUGGGGACCUUUCUCCAGUAUUUGGUUCCACAUCACCCAACCUGUAGCUGUCCACAUCUUUGUCUGCUCUCACAUUGGACCUGGGGGAAAAUGUCUUGAUGGAUCCAUCCCAAGUGUGCUAGCCACAGCUCUCGGUGGUGGUUAACAAUGGCUUCUAAGUGUCCCCACAGCUAGACGUCUUUAAAAUCUGCCUGGGAGCAGCUGGCAGCUGACGUGCUGCUGUUGGCACCACCCAGGUUCAACAUGACAUCAGUAGGAGAAGUCUUACCUCUCUGCUCAAGGAAGUUGGUGUGGGAGCCGCGCUCUGUAACGUGGAGCUGAACUGCCGGAGUGAUUGGUGCUGGGAAGGCAGAGGGCAUGUAAAAAAAUGGAAUUCCUGAAAAAAAUUGUUCCCAGCGUUUCUGGAGAUGCAGUUCUGGAUGCUGGGAGUCCUGCCAGGGAAACCUCCCCACGGCUGCUGAAGAUGAGACGUGUCAGGCUGUUUGCACUAGGACAGACCAUAGAUGAAGAUGAGGAGGCACAUGUUUUACAUCCUGGUGACACCUCCACACCACCCAGCAGAGUAAAUAAACGCAGAGUUCCUCCAAGUGUUGUUUCCACCUGGGAAAAGAGAGGCAUCAUCAUGUCUAACAUUACCAUUGAUCCAGAUGUCAAACCUGGCGAGUAUGUCAUCAAAAGCCUCUUUGCUGAGUUUGCUGUUCAAGCUGAAAAGAAAAUUGAAGUUGUAAUGGCUGAACCUUUGGAAAAGCUCUUGUCCAGAUCUCUUCAAAGGGGUGAAGAUCUUCAGUUUGAUCAGUUGAUAAGCUCUAUGAGCUCAGUAGCAGAGCACUGUCUCCCCUCCUUGUUACGCACCUUGUUCGACUGGUACAGGCGGCAGAACGGAGCAGAAGAUGAAUCUUAUGAGUACAGACCUCGGUCGAGCACAAAAUCCAAGGGAGAUGAUCAACAACGUGAAAGAGAUUAUCUACUUGAAAGGAGGGACUUAGCUGUAGAUUUCAUUUUUUGUUUAGUUUUAAUAGAGGUUCUAAAACAGAUACCUGUUCAUCCAGUGCCAGAUCCUUUAGUACACGAAGUUCUAAACUUGGCUUUUAAGCACUUUAAACAUAAGGAAGGGUAUUCAGGAACCAACACUGGGAAUGUGCAUAUUAUUGCAGACUUGUAUGCAGAAGUGACAGGGGUUCUUGCUCAAUCAAAGUUUCAGGCUGUUAGGAAGAAGUUUGUCACUGAAUUAAAGGAACUGAGACAAAAAGAACAGAGCCCUCAUGUAGUACAAAGUAUCAUCAGCUUGAUCAUGGGAAUGAAAUUUUUUCGAGUCAAGAUGUAUCCUGUGGAAGACUUUGAGGCAUCCUUUCAGUUCAUGCAGGAAUGUGCUCAAUACUUCCUGGAAGUAAAAGAUAAAGACAUCAAACAUGCACUUGCUGGGUUGUUUGUGGAAAUUCUCAUCCCUGUGGCUGCUGCUGUUAAAAACGAAGUGAAUGUGCCCUGCCUGAAAAAUUUUGUGGAGAUGCUUUAUCAGACAACCUUUGAAUUGAGUUCAAGAAAGAAGCAUUCACUGGCUUUGUAUCCAUUGAUCACCUGCCUGUUGUGUGUCAGUCAGAAACAGUUUUUUUUAAACAACUGGCACGUUUUCCUGCAGAACUGUUUGUCACACCUGAAGAAUAAAGAUCCCAAAAUGUCCCGAGUUGCACUGGAAUCUUUGUAUAGGUUAUUGUGGGUUUAUGUUAUUAGAAUAAAAUGUGAAAGCAACACUGUAACUCAAAGCCGUCUCAUGAGCAUUGUAUCAGCACUUUUCCCCAAAGGCUCCCGGAGCGUGGUCCCACGAGACACACCUCUGAAUAUAUUUGUGAAGAUUAUUCAGUUCAUUGCUCAGGAACGUUUGGAUUUUGCAAUGAAAGAAAUCAUCUUUGAUCUUCUUAGUGUUGGAAAAUCACCUAAAACCUUCACUAUUAAUCCAGAGAGGAUGAAUAUUGGCCUCAGAGUCUUCCUCGUGAUAGCAGAUAGCUUGCAGCAGAAGGAUGGUGAACCACCCAUGCCAACCACAGGAGUUGUUCUGCCCUCAGGAAAUACUCUACGUGUGAAGAAGAUCUUUCUCAAUAAAACACUGACAGAUGAGGAAGCCAAAGUGAUAGGAAUGUCCAUAUACUACCCUCAAGUCCGAAAAGCUCUCGACAGCAUCCUUAGGCACUUGGACAAAGAGGUUGGGAGGCCUAUGUGCAUGACAAGUGUGCAGAUGUCCAACAAAGAACCUGAAGACAUGAUCACGGGUGAGAGGAAACCUAAGAUCGACUUGUUCAGAACUUGUAUUGCUGCUAUCCCAAGACUGAUUCCAGAUGGCAUGAGCAGGACUGACCUCAUUGAGUUGCUUGCAAGGCUGACAAUUCAUAUGGAUGAAGAACUUCGUGCCUUGGCUUUCAAUACUCUGCAGGCAUUGAUGCUUGAUUUCCCAGAUUGGAGGGAAGAUGUUCUUUCAGGCUUUGUGUACUUCAUUGUGCGUGAAGUGACCGACGUGCACCCAACCCUUCUUGACAAUGCAGUCAAAAUGUUAGUGCAGCUGAUCAAUCAGUGGAAGCAGGCAGCCCAAAUGCAGAACAAAAACCAAGAUUCUCAGCGUGGUGUAUCCAAUGGGGCUGCUCACAGCCUUCCUCUGGAGAGGACGCUUUAUUCCAGCGUGUUUCACGUGGUGGAAGGCUUUGCUUUGGUCAUCCUUUGCAGCACCAGGCCUGCCACCAGGAGAUUAGCUGUCAGUGUCCUCAGAGAAAUAAGGGCCUUGUUCACACUUUUAGACAUCUCUAAGAGCGACGAUGAGUUGGCUAUAGAUGUAAUGGACAGGUUAAGUGCUACUAUCCUGGAGAGUUUCAUACAUCUCACUGGGGCUGACCAGACUACUUUACUGUACUGUCCCAGUUCAAUCGAUCUGCAAACUCUGGCUGACUGGAAUUCCUCACCAAUCAGCCACCAGUUUGAUGUGGUCAGCCCAUCACAUAUAUGGAUAUUUGCACAUGUGACUCAAGGCCAGGAUCCAUGGAUUAUAAGCCUCUCAAGUUUUAUGAAGCAGGAAAAUCUCCCAAAACACUGCCCAACAGCUGUAAGCUAUGCUUGGACCUUUGCUUAUACUAGGCUCCAACUGCUGUCUCCACAAGUGGAUAUAAACAGCCCUAUCAAUGCAAAGAAAGUGAAUACUACUACGAGCAGUGACUCCUAUAUUGGGCUCUGGAGAAACUACCUGAUUCUUUGCUGCAGUGCAGCAUCUUCUUCAAAUUCCUCCACCUCCACAGGCUCUGUGAGAUGCUCCCCUCCUGAGACGCUGGCGUCUACUCCUGACAGUGGUUAUAGCAUUGAUUCAAGAAUCAUUGGCAUUCCAUCCCCAUCCUCCCUGUUUAAGCACAUAGUUCCCAUGAUGCGCUCUGAGAGCAUGGAAAUUACAGAAUCCCUGGUGCUGGGACUUGGCAGGACCAACCCAGGAGCUUUUAGGGAUCUGAUAGAAGAAUUACAUCCUAUAAUUAAAGAAGCACUUGAAAGAAGGCCAGAGAACAUGAAGCGGCGCAGGCGUCGAGAUAUUUUACGAGUACAGCUAGUACGAAUAUUUGAGCUGUUGGCAGAUGCUGGUGUCAUUAGUCACAGUGCAAGUGGUGGCCUUGAUAAUGAAACACAUUCCCUCAACAACACUUUACUGGAGUAUGUCGACCUAACGAGGCAACUCCUGGAAGCAGAAAACGAGAAGGAUUCGGAUACAUUGAAAGAUAUCAGAUGCCAUUUUAGUGCCUUGGUGGCAAAUAUCAUUCAAAAUGUUCCAGUCCACCAGAGAAGAAGUGUCUUUCCACAGCAGAGUCUACGCCACAGUCUGUUCAUGUUGUUCAGUCACUGGGCAGGUCCUUUCAGUAUCAUGUUUACUCCUCUGGACAGAUACAGUGAUAGGAACAUGAGGAUAAACAGACACCAAUACUGUGCAUUAAAGGCUAUGUCUGCUGUACUGUGUUGUGGCCCUGUUGCAGAUAACGUCGGGCUCUCAUCUGAUGGUUAUUUGUACAAGUGGCUGGACAAUAUUUUGGAUUCACAAGACAAAAAGGUUCACCAGCUAGGCUGUGAGGCAGUCAUGCUGCUCUUGGAGCUCAACCCUGACCAGAGUAACCUCAUGUACUGGGCCGUGGACCGGUGUUACACAGGCUCCAAGCGGGUAGCAGCUGGCUGCUUUAAAGCCAUAGCCAACGUGUUCCAAAACAGGGAUUACCAGUGUGAUACAGUGACCCUCUUGAAUCUGAUACUGUUUAAAGCAGCUGAUUCUGCCAGGGCCAUCUAUGAAGUUGCUAUGCAACUAUUACAGAUCUUGGAACCAAAGAUGUUCCGUUACGCUCACAAACUGGAAGUUCAGAGGACAGAUGGGGUUUUGGGUCAGCCUUCUCCUUUACCACACCUCUAUUCCAUGUCCUAUUAUCAGCUCUCAGAAGAAUUAGCAAGGACUUACCCUGAACUAACACUUGCUAUCUUCUCAGAAGUCAGUCAGAGAAUCCAAACUGCUCACCCAGCUGGGAGGCAGGUGAUGCUACAUUAUCUGCUGCCAUGGAUGAACAACAUUGAGUUGGUGGACUUGAAACCUUUGCCAACCAUUCGGCGGCCAGAGGAAGAUGAAGAAGAAGAUCCUUUGAAAGACAGAGAAAUGAUGGUGAACAGCAGGCGCUGGCUACGAGGAGAGGGCUGGGGAUCCCCACAGGCUACAGCCAUGGUCCUCAACAACUUGAUGUAUAUGACUGCAAAGUAUGGUGAUGAAGUGGCAUGGUCAGAGAUAGAAAACGUCUGGACUACUUUGGCAGACAGCUGGCCAAAGAAUCUGAAAAUCAUCCUGCACUUCCUCAUCAGUAUCUGUGGAGUGAACAGUGAACCCAGCCUUUUGCCUUAUGUAAAGAAAGUUAUUGUUUAUCUGGGUCGAGAUAAAACAAUGCAACUCCUAGAAGAGCUGGUGAGUGAGCUUCAGCUUACAGAUCCUGUCAGUUCAGGAGUCACCCAUAUGGAUAAUCCACCCUACUACCGCAUCACUUCCAGUUACAAAAUCCCUUCUGUCACUUCAGGUACCACUUCUAGUAGCAAUACAAUGGUAGCUCCCACGGAUGGCAACGCUGACAGCAAACAUAUAAAAGACAAUAUUGAAGAGAAUUAUGUCCAUCUAGACAUCUACAGUGGGUUGAACAGUAACUUAAAUCGCCAGCACCACAGACUAGAGUCUCGCUACAGCAGCAGCUCUGGAGGCUCCUAUGAAGAAGAAAAAAGUGACUCAAUGCCUCUGUAUGCAAACUGGCGCUUGAAAGUGAUGGAACACAACCAAGGAGAGCCUCUGCCUUUUCCACCUACUGGAGGUUGCUGGUCACCAUUGGUGGAUUACUUGCCUGAAACUUCUCCGGGCAUGUCUCUUCACAGAUGCAAUAUAGCAGUGAUCCUCCUGACUGACUUGAUAGUUGACCACAGUGUAAAGGUGGAAUGGGGAGGAUAUUUACAUCUUUUGCUCCAUGCAAUUUUUAUAGGUUUUGACCACUGUCACCCAGAAGUCUAUGAGCAUUGCAAACGGCUGCUUUUGCAUCUACUGAUAGUGAUGGGGUCUGGCACUAAUGUCCAGUCUGUUGCUUCUGUCCUGCUCAGAAACAGAGAGUUCAAUGAGUCCAGGGUGCUUACUGUCAAGCAAGCUACACACUUAGACUAUACUUUCACAGCAGGUGUUCAUGAUUUUAUACCUGAUUACCAGCCCUCCCCAAUGACAGACUCAGGGCUUAGUUCAAGUUCUACCUCUUCUAGCAUCAGUUUAGGAAAUACAAGUGCUGCCAUUUCUCAUCUGCAAACCACAAUCCUCAAUGAGGUUGACAUUUCAGUAGAGCAGGAUGAAAAAGUGAAAACUCUCAUAGAAUUUAUUACCUCAAGGAAAAGAGGCCCACUUUGGAAUCAUGAAGAUGUUUCAGCCAAGAAUCCUAAUAUAAAGAGUGCUGAGCAGUUAACUGUGUUUUUAAAGCAUGUGGUGUCUGUAUUUAAGCAGUCUAGCUCAGGAGGAUUUCAGCUGGAGCAGCGCCUCAGCGAAGUGGCUUUGCAAACUGCGCUCUCCUGCUCCUCUCGCCAUUACGCUGGGAGGUCCUUCCAGAUUUUCAGGGCUCUGAAGCAGCCUCUUACUGCAUCUACACUUUCUGAUGUUCUCUCCAGACUUGUAGAAACUGUUGGAGAUGCAGGAGAAGAAGCUCAGGGUUUUGUCAUAGAACUGCUUCUGACCUUAGAGUCUGCUAUUGAUACCUUGGCGGAAACCAUGAAGCAUUACGAUCUGCUUUCUGCCCUUUCUCAAGCCUCAUACCACGAUUCCGUGAUGGGAAACAAGUACGCAGCUAACAGGAAAAGCACUGGACAGAUAAACCUGAGCACAAGUCCCAUUAGUAGUGGCAGUGGUUUGGGAUACUACAGCAAUACAAGGAGUAAUUCUCUGAGACUGAAUGUGAUCAGCGAGCGGAGAGGUGACCGCCGCCGGAGCAACACACUGGAUAUAAUGGACGGGAGGAUAAACCAUGGGGGAAGCUUGGCCAGGACUAGAAGCCUCUCCUCCUUGAGAGAGGGAGGCAUGUAUGAUGUGCAGCCCACUACUGACCCUGUCAACUUGAUGGCCACCAUAUUUUGGAUUGCAGCUUCCUUGCUAGAGUCAGACUAUGAGUAUGAAUACCUUUUGGCUCUCAAGCUGCUCAACAAGCUUCUCAUCCAUUUGCCUUUGGAUAAGUCGGAGAGUCGGGAAAAGAUAGAGAAGGUGCAGAAUAAACUGAAGUGGAAUAACUUCCCAGGCCUUCAGCAGCUCUUCCUCAAAGGCUUUACUUCAGCAUCUACACAAGAAAUGACAGUUCAUCUCCUCAGUAAACUCAUCACAAUUUCCAGGCAUGCUUUGGUGGAUCCUUCUCAGUUAGCAGGAUUUCCCCUCAACAUCUUGUGCCUCCUUCCUCACCUGAUUCAACAUUUUGAUAACCCAACUCAGUUUUGUAAAGAAACAGCUGACAGGAUAGCAAAGGUUUGUGCAGAAGAGAAAUCACCCACUCUUGCCAAUCUGGCUCACAUGAUGAGUUUAUACAGCACACACAGUUACUCCAGAGACUGCUCUAACUGGAUUAAUGUGGUGUGCAGAUAUUUGCAUGACUCUUUCUCAGAUGCCACAUUUAACCUCGUGACUUACCUUGCAGAGCUGUUAGAGAAAGGGUUAUCCAGUAUGCAGCAGUCCUUACUGCAAAUCAUUUACAGCCUUCUGAGUCAUAUUGACCUAUCCACAGCACCUGUGAAGCAGUUUAAUUUGGAAAUCAUCAAAGUGAUUGGUAAAUAUGUUCAGAGUCCAUACUGGAAGGAAGCCCUGAACAUUUUGAAGCUGGUGGUGUCUCGCUCAGCAAGCCUUGUUGUACCCAAUGAUAUUCCAAAGUCCUAUGGAGGUGACAUAGGUUCUCCUGAGAUCUCUUUCACCAAGAUCUUUAAUAAUGUCUCCAAGGAGCUACCUGGGAAGACUUUGGAUUUUCACUUCGAUAUCUCAGAGACACCAAUUAUUGGGAACAAGUAUGGUGAUCAGCACAGUGCAGCUGGUAGAAAUGGGAAGCCAAAAGUCAUUGCUGUCACCAGGAGCACUUCUUCAACUUCAUCAGGCUCCAAUUCAAAUGCCUUAGUUCCUGUCAGCUGGAAGAGACCACAGCUAUCUCAGAGAAGAACCAGGGAGAAGCUAAUGAAUGUUCUUUCUCUAUGUGGUCCAGAGUCUGGCCUUCCCAAGAAUCCUUCAGUUGUGUUCUCUUCCAAUGAAGACUUGGAAGUCGGAGAUCAGCAGACCAGUCUUAUUUCAACGACAGAAGAAGCGAUUCAAGAGGAGGAAGUGGCUGUAGAAGACAACACCAGUGAACAACAGUUUGGAGUUUUCAAAGACUUUGACUUUUUAGAUGUUGAAUUGGAAGAUGCAGAGGGUGAGAGUAUGGACAACUUCAACUGGGGCGUCCGUAGGCGCUCUCUUGACAGCAUUGACAAAGGAGACACCCCCUCUCUGCAGGAGUGUCAGUACUCUGGCAGCACACCCAGCUUGAACUUGACAAACCAGGAAGAUACUGAUGAGUCUUCUGAAGAAGAAGCAGCCCUGACUGCAAGUCAGAUACUGUCUCGUUCGCAGAUGUUAAACAGUGAUUCUGCCACAGAUGAAGCAAUAUCAGAUCAUGCUGGUUUAUCACUUCAGUCUCAAGAUUCCACUAGCAGUGUGGGAACAGAAGAGGUGCUUCAAAUCAGAACUGAGACCCCAAGUUUGGAGGCUUCUCUAGAUAACUCUAGCAACCAGCUGCCUGAGGAAGGCAGCUCAGCAGUGAGAGAUGAACAGGUUAGCACUGCUAGUGAAGACACUGGGUCGUAUCUACUACAAGAACAACAAGACUGUCUGGUCUGUCAUGAGUCUCUUGAAUUGGAAGAGACCCCAGAACUGGCAGAAGGAGCAGCUCCUGAGAGCUACUCUGAGUCUAUCUGUGAAGAGGAUGUUACUCUUGCUUUGAAGGAGCUAGAUGAGAGAUGUGAGGAAGAAGAAGCUGACUUCUCUGGUUUGUCUAGCCAAGAUGAAGAAGAGCAAGAUGGUUUCCCAGAAGUGCAGACUUCUCCACCUCCUUCCCCAUUUCUUUCUGCCAUAUUGGCAGCUUUCCAGCCGGUGGUGUACAAUGAUGAAGAGCAAGCCUGGCGCUGCCACGUCAAUCAGAUGCUGUCAGACACGGAUGGAUCUUGUGCUGUUUAUACAUUUCAUGUCUUCUCAAGAUUGUUUCAGACCAUCCAAAGGAGGUUUGUCUCUAUAACAAAUGACUCAGUCAGCUUUCUGGGUGAGAGUCUGCAGCGCAUUGGCACCAAGUUUAAAAGCUCUCUGGAGGUGAUGAUGAUGUGUUCAGAGUGUCCAACUGUCUUUGUGGAUGCAGAAACGCUGAUGUCUUGUGGUCUGCUAGAGACACUGAAGUUCAGUGUUCUGGAGCUCCAGGAACAUUUGGAUACCUACAACGGCAAAAGAGAGGCAGCAGAACAGUGGCUAGAAGACUGCAAAAGAACAUUUGGUACUGAUGAUGGUAUCCAUGGCACUAACACGGAUGCCCAGCAAAUGGAAAUUCUAGCAGAGCUGGAGUUGUGCCGGAGACUGUACAAGUUGCAUUUCCAGUUGCUGCUUCUGUUCCAAGCCUAUUGCAAACUCAUCAGCCAAGUGAAAACAAUCAAAAAAGAAGCAGAGGUCAUAAACAUGUCUGAAGAGCUUGCUCUGCUGGAGAGCUGUCUGAAGGAGGCAGAGGCUGCCUCUGACAGUGGUAUUGAAGAAAUGGAAAUUGCAGAGGCUUCUCAAGCUAGCACAGAAACAGCCAUUCACUCCCUCAUUGAAACCCUGAGGAACAAGGAGUUUGUGUCAGCUGUAGCACAGGUCAAGGCUUUCAGAUCUCUCUGGCCCCACGACAUCUUUGGCAGCUCUGAAGAUGACCCAGUCCAAACGCUGCUGCACAUCUAUUUCCGUCACCAGACGCUGGGGCAGACCGGCAGCUUCGCCGUAGUGGGUUCCAACCAAGACAUGUCCGAGGCCAGCUGCAAGCUGAUGGAACUUAACCUUGAAAUUCGAGAGUCUCUACGCAUGGUGCAAUCCUAUCAGCUUCUAGGUAAAAUCAGAUCAGGACUAAAUCUUGUCAGCACUGGAUUCUGAACAGCUGUCUGCAGGCACUUCAGCUGUCUCACCGAGCACCUUUCAUUCAAAGCCAACAAGCAAACCUCCAGCAAUCCUGAUGCCCGACACAGGUUUCUUUCAUCACUGCUUCAUCAGAAUUGAAGCAAACCUCUUCCUUUGACUGCUCUUUCUACACAGUAGCUGUGUGGCAGUAGUAUUUUUUUAAUGACAUUUCUGUAUUAAAAACACCUAAAGGAAAACUAAAAGGGCUUAAACCUAACUGCACACACUUGCGUUAUCUUCUGCCUGCAACACGACUCCGAGUGGUGUUUGCAGCCGACAGCCUCUGCAAGCUUGAAUCCCUCUCGCAGGUGGGAUGAGGCUGAAAAAUCAAAGCCGGUUUCUUUUGGCUGAAGACCUGCAAAGCUUCUUGGCUUUUCCAGCAGCGAGUAGUUGCCUAAUGCUUUGUAACCUCAUAGAGAAGGUGUGGCCAGAAUGAACUUCUGAACUACAAAAGAAACCCUCCACAGA